AUGCUAGUUCGAGCUUGUAUUACGUCAUGUUCUCUUCUGAGAUUGAAAUCGUUGCAUGGAGUUGCAUCAUCUACAGGAAGAUUCUUUUCUCAAAAGCUUGUUCCACUUGCCUCCAUCAACAAGGACGAUUUAGGCAACAGAGUACUUCUGUGUAAGGAGACUUUGCCUCCUGGGGCAGAGAAGACUCCUCAUGACGUAUUGAGUACAGCAGUCUUCGGAGCCAAAGUUUUAUCGUUAUCGUCAUCAGUCGUGGGAGCCGUCAUGGUCCCUGUUCUUUCGAACUACAUGUGGGAAGCGGCGGCACAGAGACCGACCAUGAUGAUGUUUACAUUGGUCGCCAACUCUUUUCUCGUCCUAUUGUCAUUCACUCCGCUAUUGCUGCAUUUUUUGGCAAAACGCUUCCCAGUAGAGCUUUAUUACAACCAUGAGACAAAGACUUUCACUUCGGUACAUUAUGACUUCUUCCUCCGGAAAAAAGCUCGUCGAUUCCAUUCUUCAGAUGUUGUUGAUGCACAGAAAGCUCCAGAAUUGAAAAAGGUUUGGAUUCCACUGGCAACAGCUUUUGUGCACCACCAGCCCCUUCUUAUCUCUUUAGAUAAGAGCAAUUAUGUCGAUCAGAUUGCAUUCGAUGAAUUGACAAAAAACAUCGAGAUUCCAAAGAACCACGAUUAG